AUGGAUAAGUACGACGAUCUGGGUCUGGAAGCCAGCAAGUUCAUCGAAGACCUCAACAUGUACGAGGCUUCCAAGGACGGUCUCUUUCGGGUGGACAAAGCCGCCGGCAACAACCCCGAGUUCGAGGAGACCAGGCGGGUCUUUGCCACCAAAAUGGCCAAGAUCCACCUCCAGCAGCAGCAGCAGCAGCAGGAGGAGAUGCUGAUGGCCGCCCUGAACGGAGGAGCUGCUUUCAACCCCCCCCGGCCCAGCCCGCCGGCGGCACGGGGUGCCAAACCACCCCCGGCCUCCGCCGCCGAGGGGCCUCGCACGAGGCCGUACGAUAGUGGGGAGCGCGGCUUUGGCGAGAGCGGGCCGCGCGCCGAGGCCCCGGGGAGCCAGGCCGGGCGCCGGGGCUGGGAAGCGGAGCCCGACAGGAUCCCCAGAGCGGGGGGCUUACGUCCCGGCGUGGGGCAUGGGGAGCAGCAGACCGGGAGCCCCGGCGACCCCCAGCCCUGCCGCGGCGGGCAGGAGAACGGCAGCGAGGGCAGGCGGUGUGGCGGGGGCCGUGACCCGACGCCAGCCGGGCAGAGGUCCUCCUCCUUCUCCCAUGCCCGGACCCCCCCGGCACCCUCGGCGGGAUCAGAGGAGGGGGCACUGGGGGCACUGCUGCAGCAGAGGUCAUCCUCCUUCUCGGCCCCCUCGGUGCAGCCCGCCCGGGGGUUUUCGGGCCCCGCCGAGCCCUGUGGUCCCAGGGCCGGAGGGGACGUCAACCAGCUGUGGUACCAGGGUGUCCCGCUGUCCUUUUCCUCCAGCUCUGCGCCCGCCGCCCCGAGCGUGGACUACCAGCACACCACUGCCUACCCCAGCCCAGCUGGCCACUUCGUGGCCCACGGUCAAAACCACCGGCCCAACGGCAGCGGUGCAAGCCCAGAGCCGGGCUCCUCACGCCUGGCUUCGCUUGGGCCGACGGCUCCGGAUGCCCCACAGCCGCUUUUCCCAGAGGGUGUGAGCGGCCCACGGUCGGACGCCGGGCACCCGGAGGGCUCCAGCACGGUGAAGGUGAAGCUGCCCUGCCAGACCCUCCUUCCACAGCCAGAGCAAGGGCCGUCGGCGGCCGAGCUGAAGCUGGAGGCACUGACCCAGCGCCUGGAGCAGGAGAUGGAUGCUCGGCCAAAGGCUGAUUACUUCGGCACCUGCGUGAAGUGCAGCAAGGGGGUGUACGGAGCAAACCAGGCUUGCCAGGCCAUGGGCAACCUCUACCACGACGGCUGCUUCACCUGCGGAGCCUGCAGUCGAAAGCUGAGAGGAAAAGCCUUUUACUUUGUCAACGGCAAGGUGUUCUGUGAAGAAGAUUUCCUGUAUUCUGGUUUCCAGCAGUCAGCUGACAGGUGUUUCAUUUGUGGUCAUUUGAUAAUGGACAUGAUCCUGCAGGCUCUUGGGAAAUCAUAUCAUCCAGGCUGCUUCCGAUGCGUGGUCUGCAACGAGUGUCUGGAUGGUGUGCCAUUCACUGUAGACUCUGAAAACAAAAUCUACUGUGUCAGGGAUUACCACAAAGUUUUAGCUCCCAAGUGUGCAGCGUGUGGACUUCCCAUUCUGCCCUCCGAGGGUUCUGAUGAGACCAUUCGGGUUGUGUCCAUGGACAAGGAUUACCACGUGGAAUGUUAUCACUGCGAGGACUGUGGGAUGGAACUGAACGACGAAGACGGGCAUCGCUGCUACCCACUAGAUGAACAUUUGCUUUGUCACUCCUGUCAUCUGAAACACAUAGAGAACGGCACAACCCCAGCAGCUGCGUACCAGCACCACUACUAGCCAGCGUGGCCAACAUCAGAAAGCCAGGACAGAAGACUUGUUAUAUGAUCUCCCUCUCCCCACCCUCAGUUGAUUUCCUGUGCAUGUUUUUCACCAGUCGACAAUGUUCCUGUAAAAGGAUAUGAGAGAUUUUUGCUGGAUUCCCAGAGUUUGUAUGCUUGUGAGUUCCAGCUGUAUCAGACCAUGUCUACUUGACCAAGUAUGUGGCGUGUUAUCUAAACUGAUUGGUUUACGUGCCUUUUUCUGCUGUCUGGAGAUUCCUCUUGGCUCAUUUUGGAGGAUUCUUCAGUGAAAGCACAAUUUGCUGUCGUGCCUAUGAACUCAGAUCGUGCCAUGCACAAUUAAAAAGCCAGAGGCUGGCCUGCCUGCCUGCUGGGGACAUCCCGUCAGUCUACUAACUGUUUCCUGACAAGCACAUUUCAUCAGAUUCCCUGAAGGACAUCAACCUAUUAAUACCAGUUUUUAGACUCUCUCUCUCUUUUUAUUAAUUCUUUAGGAAAAGAAAAGAAAGGGGUCUGUGCAAAA